AUGUCUCGCUCGACCAAUUCAUCCUCGACCGCACUCCCACCGACCCACCGCGCCCUCAGACAGGACACGUACGCCUCGCGUCCCACGGUCCAACAGAUUCAAACUCCCCAACCGACACCGGGCAGCGCGGUGCUCAAGGUCGAAGCUGCCAACGUCAUCUCCUACACCAAGGACAUCUACAACGGGGUGAGAAAGUACCCUUACCCUACCCCACUGACGUUGGGAUCCAGCGCCAUCGGACGCAUCGUCGCGUUGGGUCCCGACGCCACGACCUUGCGGGUCGGUGACCUGUGUUUCUUGGACAUCACCAUCUCCGGUCGAGACGACGUCGACGGAAACGCCAACAGCACUUUUCUCUCGGCCAUCCAUGACGGUUUCGGUGCCGCGAGUAAAGGACUCAUGUCCCAGGCCUGGCGGGACGGUACUUACGCCGAGUACGUUCGCUGGCCCCUCGAGAAUUGUCACCGAGUCGACGAGACCAAAAUGUUCAAGGCCCGAGGCUACAAUGUCCAAGACCUCAUGUACAUAUCCAAAAUCAUGGUGCCUUACGGGGGCAUGGGGCCCGGUUGUGUCGACGUCAAGCCCGGGGAGACGGUCAUCGUGAGUCCGGCCACCGGAAGUUUCGGUAGUGCUGCGGUGCAUGUCGCAUUGAGCCUUGGUGCGGGAAAGGUUGUCGCCAUGGGUCGAAACGUCGACGUCCUGGAGAAGGUCAAAAGUGUCGCCGGUGGUGGUGGUGGUGGUGGUGGUGAGAGAGUGGUGUGUGUCAAACUCACGGGUGAUUACCAGACGGACUUGGAUGCUUUGAAAGUUGCGACUGCCGACGACGGUGGUGCAGAUGUCUUUUUCGACACGAGUCCUCCCGCCGCGGCCGGGUCGACACACGUCAAGGCCGGGAUCAUGAGUUUGAAAAAGGGCGGGAGGUGUGUCUUGAUGGGUGGCAUUGCGGGGGACGUGGCCCUGCCACACUUGAAAAUCAUGCAUUGGGGCAUCACGAUCAAGGGCAAAUGGAUGUUUGAGCCGGUCGACGUCAAGAGGAUGAUCAACUUGAUCGAGACGGGUGUCGUCAAGUUGCACAAUCCGGAAAAGGGUGAGCCAAUGAUUGGGGCAAAGUGUUUGGGAACGUUUGGGUUGGACGAUUGGGAAAAGGCUUUUGAUGAGGCCGAAAGGGUGGGGAGUGAUGGAUAUAUUUUGUUGAAACCCUGA